GGCGGUGCAAAGCUGUGUUGGGGGAGGGGCGUCCGGAAGAGUUUGUUUCAUUCAAAUAUCUGUGGAUGUUCGGCGCUGUACUUCGUGUGUUUAAAAAAACAAAAUACUCUCAGUUAAAUAAGCAAUUAAAUGAUAUUUUUAUAUUUAUCUACUUCUUGCCGAGAUUCGUAUUUUGUAGCGAGUUUGAAAUGAAAGCAGGUGUGCUUCACUGUAGAUGCUCCAAAUGCUUCUCCUUGCCGGCGAAGCGACGGUUAAAGAAGCGUGCGCCCGCGCUGUCGCUGCUGAGCCUCCCUGAAGAGGUGCUGCUCUGUGUCCUCAAGUGCCUCUCUGCUCAGGACCUCCCUGCAGUCCGAGCGGUUCAUUCUCGUCUCCGGGACAUCAUUGACAGCCAUACUAGUGUUUGGGCAAAUGUCCGGUUUCAGGACGUGUGGCCAACGCCAGACAAUCUCUGGCUCUUUGAAAGAGCUGCAGAAAGCAGGAAUUUCGAAGCAGCAGUGAAGCUGGGCAUUGCCUACCUUUACAACGAAGGACCGUCCGUGAGUGAUGAAGGGCGUGCGGAGGUGUGUGGUUUGAAGGCCUCCCGCUUUUUCAGCCUGGCAGAGAGCCUGCGUGCCCCAGCGGACCCCUUUGUCUGGCUCUUCAUCCGACCUCCCUGGUCCCCGUCGGGCAGCUGCUGCAAGGCCGUGGUGUUCGAGAGCCUGAGGGCUGAGUGCCAGGCCGACCCGGGGAAGAAAGCAUCCCUGCUGUACUGUCUGGCCAGAGUUCUUCAGCUGUUUGAUGAUGAACAGAAGCACAGUGAAGCCCUGACCAUGUUAAAAGAGUCUUCCAGUCAUGGAUGUUUACAGAGCUCCUACCUCCUGUGGGAGUCCAAGAGAAGGGCUGCGAUGGGAGACCCAGGCAGAUACCUCCAGUGCCUACGAACACUCAGGGACUAUGCAGCUAAAGGCAGCUGGGAAGCGCAGCUGGCUCUGGCUAAAGCGUGCGUGAAUGGGAACCAGUUAGGUCUGGAAGCAAAGGCCUGCAGCGACGUGGUGUCUCAGAUCUUCCAGUCCUCCUACCCGCUCCCCAAGCAGGGCAUGUUCACGCUGCAGAAGGGGAUGAACGACACCAUGAGGUACAUCCUCGUGGACUGGCUGGUGGAGGUGACCACAAUGAAGGAUUUCUCCAGCCUGUCCCUCCACGUGACGGUGGGGUGCGUGGACCGCUAUCUCCUGCUGCGCUCCGUCCCGAAGGCCAGGCUGCAGCUCCUGGGAAUUGCCUGUAUGGUCAUAUGCACGAGGUAUACGAGUAAAGAGAUCCUGACCAUCCGGGAAGCUGUCUGGCUCACAGACAACACCUAUAAGUAUGAGGACCUGGUCAGAAUGAUGGGAGAGGUCAUCUCCGCACUGGAAGGCAAGAUCAGAACCCCUACGCUGCUAGAUUAUGGGGAGGUGCUGCUGUCUCUCUCUCCAUUGGACAGGAGGAGUGAGAAUCUCUUGCACUAUAUCUGUGAGCUGUCUCUGCUCUACACUAGCCUGUCCCAGUACUCUCCCGCCCGCCUGGCUGCUGCCGCACUGCUGCUCACCAGGAUCCUGCACAGGCACGCCAACCCCUGGCCCAGCCACCUGUCCGAGUGCACAGGCUACUCUCUGCAAGACCUGGUGGACUGUGUGCUGAGCCUGCACAAGAAGUGUUUCCAUGACGAUGUUCCAAAGGACUACAGACACGUUUCACUGACAGGUGUAACACAGCGGUUUGAGGAUGACUGCUACCAACAGAUUAGCAAGGAAAAGGUGCUGGAGUUCAGCGAGCUGUGUGUGAUCCUGGAGGUGAAAGAGGAAGAGCUGUCUGCUGCUCAGCCCCUCGUCUCCCCCAGCUCCAACACUGCAGACAUGCACACCUUCCUCUCCUCCCCAGCCAGCAAGAACAAGAGGAGAAGGGAGGACGGUCUUCGGGAAGACCGGGACAGCUUUGUGGCCACGCCCACGGCCGAGCUGUCCAAUCAGGAGGAGACUCUGCUGGGGAACUUCCUGGACUGGAGUCUGGACACUUCCUGUUCGGGGUACGAAGGGGACCGGGAGAGCGAAGGGGAGAAAGAGGGAGAAGUGACUGCCCCAUGUGCUGUGCUGGACUUGGUGUUUGAGGACGGCGAGCAGCACUGCCGAGCGCAGUCCAGUGAAGACGAGAGCCCCUCCGAGGAGGGGGGCUCUUCCUCCAGGACACGCGGGGUGCUGUUUUGUCGUCUCGGUGACCCCCUUGCUGAUCUCAGCUCAGGGUAUUCCUCUGUGAACAGUGGCAGCCCCCCCUCCUCCGCUAGCGCCCUGGGCAAGCCCCUCAGUGUGUCUCCGCUGGCAUCCCCCCUGGCAGCACAGAGACACGGCCACCGAUGGUCUCUCAAGAGGAAGAACGCAGCGGAGCACAGCGGGGAGGAGAUGAACAGUGGUUCUCUGAGUGUCUGAACUGACCGGAAACCAAAAACUCACGCGUCACCUGGCCACUGUUUCUCAAAAGUAACUUUUUUUUUAAAACCGAACAGUAUCAUUGGAGAUAUGCCCAAAUAAGAGAAAAAUCUGGUUUUAGUUAUGAAUUCUGACCAUUUAAACCAAAACGUGAAAAAGCACGUUGGACAACAGGAACCCAAAGACAACACUGCUUCCAUUCUGCAGCUGGCCCCCACUUUCAGUAAAACGGUACUACUCCAAACUAGAGAUGGCUGGGGUGUCCACGGUAGUGAGGGACAGCUGAGGUGCUGGAAUCAAACAAGGUCACCAUUAAUUAUUCUGUCAUCAUGCACCGACGGUACUGUAUAACAGUAUUAUUUCUGUAUCUGACUUACAUGCGCCACUCAACCCUGUACAGCGUUUCUGUACACGCUCAGAAACCUCCUUGGAUCAUACGCACUGCACCUUUCCAGUCUUCUCUGAGCAUGUGCUUCAGAUGACACCUCACUGUGCGAGGCAGCUUUAUCUAAACCACUUUACUGACAUACCUCUCGGGCUGAAAAAUGCUUGAAUGUUACUGGAUUUAGACCCAGUUUUUUUUCCCCAUUCUGUAUUCAGGGGACUGCAUCGAUGGCACUAACCAUAGCCAGGUUGUGUGCGUUUUUGUUAGGACACUGCAUAGCACUUUUUUCCUGAAAUUCUCAGUUAAACUGUUCUCUAUUUAUUGGGGGUCUAGAAUAGCGACUUUUUAAAUACUACAGUAUUCAGUAAAAACUGUUAUCUGCGUGUGCCAGUCAUUUCAUUUGCAAACCACUGAAGUUAACGCACAAACCGUUUACUCACGAGCACAUGAUUUGGCAUGGAGUUUAAAUAAAUAAAAUAAGAAUACACAAUCUUAAGCAUGAACAGAAAGUGCACUGCAUUUUAAAAUAUGGUACAUUCAGGUAUUUUUAUGUGUAAUACAUUACUUAAUGUAUUUUCAAUAUAACAUUGGGUGAUGGGGGGGAAAGGGUCCUUGUGCAAUUGUGCAGAUAGUGUCUCCAUGUUGCACUGGAGGGACAGGGAUGGGGUUGGGUAUAGCUAUGCAGUACAAAAUAGAGACAAUCUGAAUACAAUACAGGGAAUUGCUAUUUUUUUUAUUUUUUUUUUCAGAAAUUAUUUUGAAAAAUGUAUCUUGAUAUUGUGCCUUACAAACAAAAAAAAAAAUCAAGAUUGUCUGAAGACUCGGGUGUAACUUCUAGGAAGUUCACAGCAGAAUCACCCCUCCCUCCCAAAUUCAGGAGGCAUGUUGCCACCCUAAUAGACAUCUCCACAGGACUGGUUACAAACCAAACACCGGCGGUCGCGUCCCUGCAGUGUUACAGCAAUGACUAUCUACCCCUGAUAUUACCUGCUUGUGUAUCAAUGCCAUCAAUGUGUGUUUUGUUUUGUUUUGUUCUCUCAAUGAAUGUGAACGUUGGCUUGUAAAUACUUGUUGCGUCUUGAGCGAUUUAGCUAUAUAAAUAUAUUGUAAAUAUCAUUUUGUGUUUUAUUUCUGUAUUUUUAAAUAGAGGGGGAAGGGGAUAACAAAGUCAUUUACUUGAAAUGCUUCUAGCUGGAUUGGCAGAAUAUUUCUGUGUUUUAUUUUAAAUGCAUUAUUUUUUUAUUUUUUUUGGUUUUGCCAUUUUGUGUCAUUGCUUAGUGUUCUGUCAAGAUGUUUGCUACGAGAUUUCCUACCAAAAACCUUCUGCUCCCAAUUACAAACAUCCCAGUGCAGAGUGCUUGUCUCUUGUGUGGAGAAUACUGUACCAUUCUACAUGCAGAUCUCGUGCGGUUUACAAAGGCAUGAGUACUUCAUGUUCUGAAAACAAGCUGCCGAAGGAAUUACUAGCUGUGAAAAAAUAUUUUAAAAUAUAUAUAAUAGUAUUUCUGACACUAAGGUGCAUUACAGAAGUGGAUUUUGAGGAGGAGGAUUUUUAAAUGUGUGAUGCUGUCUUAACCAUGUGAUGAUGCAAAUGCGUCCAAUUUGUGUUGACUCAUUUCAGACUGAAACAGAAAACGUGUUCUGUUCUGAAGUGUCCUGCUGCAGUGAACAAUAAAAUACUCUUCAUUGGAA